AUGGCCGACGAGGCCGGCGAGGAGGUCUCCCCCGUCGAGCUCGUCGACGUGCGCGUGGGCAAGGUGCUCAAGGCGUACAAGCAUCCCGAGGCGGACAAGCUCUACAUCGAGGAGAUCGACGUGGGCGAGGCGGAGCCCAGGCAGAUCUGCUCCGGUCUCGUGCCUUACAUGAGCGCCGAGGAGAUCGAAGGCCAGAACGUCAUCGUCCUCGCCAACCUCAAGGCUCGCAACCUCGCGGGCGUUCCCUCCCACGGCAUGAUCCUCUGCGCCAGCGACGAGGCCCACGAGAACGUCGAGCUCCUCGUCUGUCCCGAGGGGGCGGCGCCGGGCGAGAGGGUCAAGUUUGGCAGCUGGGACGGCGAGCAGAGCGAGCCGCACACCGAGAACCAGAUGAAGAAGAAGAAGACCUGGGAGAAGGUGGCGCCGGACCUGAAGACGACCGCGGAUUGCGUGGCGGCGUACAAGGGGCUCGAGAUGGUCACGUCCGCGGGGCCCGUGAAGUGCAAGUCGCUCGCAAACGCGCUCAUCGGCUAA